AUGAGCGGCCUUGCAGACGAGCUCCUCGCAGACCUCGAUGGACAAGAAUCUCAAAGAGACGUGGGCUCCCUCGUUCUUGAGGGAGGCAUUAAACCAGCAGAUGAACUUGACGUGGAGGAUGUACAGCAGAUGGAACUAGGCAGCGUAGAAGACGUCACAAAAAUCGCAAAGCUCUACGGUAGCAAGAGGAUGAACGACAUCCUGACUGAAAUAAAUAAAUACCAAGAAAAUCCAAGCACGCCGGCAGCAAUGGCUCUUCCUGCCCAUAUGAAUCCCGAAUAUAAUGUCAUUGUGCAGGCUAACAAUCUUUCAGUCGACGUCGACAAUGAGAUUUUGGUUUUUAUUCGUGACCAUUAUGCGCCAAAGUUUCCAGAGCUGGAGCAGCUUGUGACAGACCCAGCAAUGUUCAUUCGGUCUGUGCGAGUGCUAGGAAACAACGAGGAUCUUACAAAAGUGGACCUUGCGGGAGUACUUCCACCAGCCAUCAUUAUGAGUGUUGUUGUGACGGCGACAACGACGUCUGGUAAACAACUCUCCGAUCCCGAUUGGAGGUCAGUGCAGCGUGCUUGCGACCUUGCAGAUCAUCUGGAGGAGGCUCGAAAAAAGAUAUUCAUGUACGUCAGCUCGAGAAUGAAUGUACUUGCACCCAAUUUGUCAGCUAUUGUCGGUACUACCACAGCUGCGAAACUUCUUGGUGUUGCUGGAGGCUUGAGUGGCCUUGCAAAAAUGCCUUCUUGCAACGUUCAUCUACUUGGUGCACAAAAAAAGAUCACUGCAGGGUUCUCAACGGCGACGCAGAAACGUCAUACAGGUUUCAUCUUUCAGUCCGAACUCGUCACUCAGACUCCUCCUGAGUAUCAGUUGAAGGUUCAGCGAACUGUUGGUGCUAAAUGCGUGCUAGCAGCCCGUAUGGAUCUUGAACGCCAAAGGAGAGAUGGAACAUACGGAGAACUCUUGCGAGAUAAAAUCGAGAAACAUAUUGACCGCUUGGCUGCUCCUCCGCCCUCAAAGGUUAUCAAAGCAUUGCCUUUACCAAAUGAUGGCCCCAAAAAGCGCAGAGGCGGCAAGCGUGCGCGGAAGGCUAAAGAAGCAUAUGCUCAGACGGAACUACGCAAACUUCAGAACCGCAUGGCGUUUGGUGAGGCGGAGGAGGAGGUCGGCGCAUUUGAUCAAACGAAGGGCAUGGGUAUGAUUGGGGCGGGCACAGGGAAGGUCAGAGCCGGUCUGGGCGAGGCUAAGAGCCGCGCCAAGCUAUCGAAGGCGAAUAAGCUGAGAACCGCAGCCAUUACCCGAUCAGCUCAGACGGCACAGUCGUCUGGGACAGCAACGUCAUUGAGCGUCACGCCAGCACAAGGAUUUGAGCUAACGAAUCAUGCCAUAAGUGCACAAAGGGUUAAGGAGGCUAAUGAGAGGUGGUUUGCUGCUGGAAAUUUUUCUUUUGUCGGGAAGAAGGGGGAGUGA